GGUUCUCUUUGCGCCCAACACUGUCUGAACAACCUCCUGCAGGGUGAGUAUUUCACUCCUGUGGAUCUGUCCUCCAUCGCUCACCAGCUUGAUGAAGAGGAGAGGAUGAGGAUGGCGGAGGGAGGUAUGGCCAGUGAGGAGUAUAGGACCUUCUUGCAGCAACCAUCUGGCAACAUGGAUGACAGCGGAUUCUUUUCAAUUCAAGUAAUUAGCAAUGCACUGAGAGUCUGGGGCUUGGAGCUAAUCCUGUUCAACAGCCGGGAGUACCAGAGCCUGAUGAUCAAUCCUAUAAAUGAGAAGGCCUUCAUUUGCAACUACAAGGAGCACUGGUUUACUAUACGCAAACUAGGACAACAGUGGUUUAACCUGAAUUCACUGCUGACUGGACCAGAGUUGAUAUCAGACACCUAUCUAGCCCUUUUCCUUGCUCAGUUACAACUAGAAGGUUAUUCCAUAUUUGUGAUCCGUGGAAACCUCCCUGAGUGUGAAGCAGAGCAGAUUUUAGGGAUCAUGAGGGUGCAUCAGCAGCAGCGACCAAAGCUUAUCGGAGAGGAUGAAGCCCAGACCAGUGCUGGCAGGUCGGCAGCUCAGAGCCAGGCGGAUAUGACCUUUGCUGUGGAGGACGAGGUUGUAGAUGAAGACGAAGAGCUGAAGAAAGCUCUGGCACUCAGCAGACAGGACAUAGAUGUGGAAGAUGAAGAAGCUGAUCUCCGCAGAGCCAUACAGCUCAGCAUGCAAGGAGCAGUGAUGAGCAACAAGUCCUCUGAGUCUGAAAUGGCAAACAUGAAAUUGGCAAGCCAGGCAGCAGGGAGUUCUACCGGAGGACAGAGAGCCGGCCAGAAUGAGGCGCUCACAGCUGAAGAACUGCGGAAGAGGAGACAAGCCUAUUUUGAUCGGCAGCAGCAACAAGCUCAGUCCAACAUUCCUCAGCAACCGGCAAAAUCAUCAGGUGGCUCAGGAUCAGUGAACCCUGGCUCUGAAGAAGACCAACAACAAAAGCCCAGCCAGUGAAAGCGUGCACGGUUUGCCUAUGUUGUUUACCAGCUGCCAGGAUUGGCAACCCCGUACAGGGGAAGCUUUGCUCCUUCCUCUAACCUUCUGCACAUGCGAACAUAAGGACAGUCAGAAGGCUGACGCGUUUCCCCUGGUUAGUUCGCUGACAGGCAAUAGAGAAGAGAACAACGAUGAGGAAAAGGCAGCAGUUAGUCUAAUCUAACUCAGCAAGACACUGACGCUGGGAAAAAGGGUGACCACAGAACCCACGAUGCAGUUAAUCCAAGUUUGCAUUUGCCUUUUUGCCAUGGCGCCUUCUAGUUCUAUUGUACACUGUUUUUUUAUUCUUGUUUUUUUCCCCACAAAAGAUGAAAAGGAAUCUUCAGCAUACAAAUGGUGUGUUUAUCUAUUUAGAGGGAAUACUUAUGGAGAUGGUUGUCCGGUGAAAGCCAAUAGGAAACCAAACACACCGAUAAGAUGUUUGAUAGAUAAUGACCCCUACUUUAACAUUGGACUUGUGUUUGUAGGACAUAGGAUGUAUUUCCAACUCCUGCCCCACCCAAACAACAAUUUAGCUCUGAAAUCACUUCUAGUAGUGAAAUAUAUUUUAGCAAUCAGCACUAACAUGUGUGGGUCUUUUUGUUCCUUCCUAAUCUUUACUUGUGAACGUCUAAGAGUAGUAUCCCAAGGUAUUCCAACAACAACAACAUAUAACUGAUGUUGUGGCUUUGUUAUUACCCAUAAGUGUAUAAGUAGGCAUAAUGAAAUCUAAGAUUACACAGCUUUUCCAUUUAGGAUGGACAGUGCACAAAAUAACUAUAGAGCUAUUUGCUGGAUCUAAGAUGCUUUUGACUGAUGCAUAUUUUUCACGUCUUGUCCAGAAUAAGUUGGCCUGGAACAAAAGAUUAAUCUGUUAACACCAUUAAACUACAGCUGCUAAAUAAAAGUAACAUUUUCCAGCAAGUAUGAUCACCUACAAAACGAAAGAAAGUUUGACACGUCCAGUCUAAUAAGUUUAGGACUGCCUCAGUCGUUUCUCCUAUUUGUCAUAGGGAAUUUAAUUUUGUUUUGGGAAUUUAAAGAAAAUCUUUUUGAUGUACCUUCACAAGUGGUUGAUAGUUUAACACCUGUAAUUUAGUUUUAAAAGCACUGCUUAGACUUAUCCUCUAGUCCAAUAAUGCACUGAGGUGCCAUGGGUUAAAUCUAACUAUUUUCCAAUCGAUGACCUUUAAAAAUAACAGUAAAAUAGUGAGAGGGGGAGGGACAUAUUUUGAUCAUUUAAAACCCAAAGAUAGAACAAAACGUCAGUGUAUUUACUUUAGAGUUUGUUGUAUUUUUGUUGAUACAACAAUCUCUUCUUGAUUUUUUUUUUUUAAAUCAAAAUGAUGUUGAUUGAGCACAUACUGUAACUGCAUUAGAAAUGUUUGUUGACAGUUAUUUAGUUUGCUGGAACCAAUGACAGCAUGGGUAUACCUUGGUUCCUCCACAAAAGUAUAUCUCAUACGAAGUCUACUUUUUGUAAUGGAUGACAACCAAGGAAAAUCCAUGAUGUCCUUAUUGUUUUCCUUUGGAUCUUUUAGGCCUUUUUUUCUAUUUCAAUGACUCUUGCGAAAGUGCAUGCAUUGUUGGUUAUUGGGUUUUUAUCAUUGCAUUGUUUUUACUCCCUACAUUCUCACAAUAAGUACUCUUACAAAUCUGUUUUGUUAUAUUUCACUUGUUACCAUAGCACAUUCUUUGAUUUAAUGUGUUGGGUCGUGUUCCAGGAUUAAAGUGACAUUCACUCCUGAA